UCCGGCCCAGGCCCGGGUGGCGCGCGCCGAGAUCAGGAAGCUGCGGUCGCCCGGGGGGAGCAGCCCGUGCUGCAAGUGCAUCCCCAGAACGGGGGGGGGAGAUGAAGCGCUUGCUCUGGAGGAGAUCAGCGAGGGGCUGCACUGCAGCCCGCGGCACCAGGCCCUGGCGAUGCACCUCCAGCUCCUCCUCCAGCCGCCCGCUGCCGGAGGACCCGAGCCAGGAACCUGCCGAGGGGCAGCGGCGCAUGAACCCCCUCAACAUCCAGAUGCUGUCCAGGACCCUCCAUGAGCAGAUCUUCCGCGGGGCCCAGGUACGCUACUCAGCGGCGGAGAUCCAGAGGAGCGUGAAGCACCUGCAACGCCACGACCUGUGGGGCAAGGAAACCUCCACGCUGCCCGACGUGGACCUGCAGCUACCCCGCAUGUACGGGGACAACAUCGACGAGCAUUUUCGCCUCCUGGCGCAGAAGCAGAGCUUGCCCUACCUGGAGGCGGCCAACGAGCUGCUGCAGUGUGAGCUGCCCCCCGUGCCCUCGCAGUGGGCAUGGCAGCUCGGCUGGACGCGCUAUGGCCCCGAUGGGCAAGCGGAAACCGUUGACUUCCCGAAGGAGCGGGCGGUGGUGUUGGACGUGGAGGUGUGCGUGGCUGAUGGCCACUGCCCAACGCUGGCCGUGGCGGUCUCUCCACAUGCCUGGUACUCGUGGUGCAGCAAGCGGCUGCUGGAGCAGCGGUACUCCUGGUCCAGCCACCUCACCCUGGCUGACCUCAUUCCCCUGGAGAGCCCAGCUGGCGCUGGCUGUGCUGGGAAGCAGGACUGGCCAGAGAGAGUGGUGGUGGGGCACAACGUGGCCUUUGACCGGGCGUUCAUCAAAGAGCAGUACCUCAUCCAGGGCUCCCGGGUGCGUUUCCUGGACACCAUGAGCAUGCACAUGGCCAUCUCGGGGCUGACGGGCUUCCAGCGCAGCCUCUGGAUGGCUGCCAAGCACGGCAAGAGGAAGGGAAUGCAGCAGGUCAAGCAGCACAUAAAGAAAACACGCAGCAAAACGGAGGGGCCAGCUGUCACUUCGUGGGACUGGGUGCACGUCAGCAGCAUCAACAAUCUGGCGGACGUGCAUGCGCUGUACGUCGGGGGGGAGCCGCUGGAGAAGGAGGCGCGGGAGCUCUUUGUGAAGGGGACUAUGGCCGACGUCAGGAGUAACUUCCAGGACCUGAUGUCCUACUGUGCCCGCGAUGUCCAGGCCACUCACGAGGUGUUUCAGGAGCAGCUGCCGCUCUUCAUGGAGAGGUGCCCCCACCCUGUGACAUUUGCGGGGAUGCUGGAGAUGGGGGUGUCCUACCUGCCGGUCAAUGGGAACUGGAAGAGGUACCUAGAUGAUGCUCAGGGCAUCUACGAGGAGCUGCAGAAGGAGAUGAAGAAGUCCCUGAUGAACCUGGCCAAUGAUGCCUGCCAGCUGCUGCAUGAGGACAGGUACAAGGAUGACCCCUGGCUCUGGGAUCUUGAAUGGGACACUCAGGAGUUUAAGCAGAAGAAGAAUCCAGGGAAGAAGAAGAAGAAGAAGGAUCAGGACAGGAACAGCAAAGCCUCCACAGUGGCAGCAGGCACAGACGGGUCCGUGCAGGAGUUGCAGGAAGACCCUGGUCCCCCUGGUGAGGAUGAAGAGCUGAGAGCCCCUGCGAGCCGGGUCUGCCUGGAGCGUCUGAAGGAGACGGUUGCACUGCAACCCAAGAGACUCCAGCACCUGCCGGGCCACCCGGGCUGGUACCGCAAGCUGUGCCUGCGCCUGGAGGAGGCAGGGUGGGUGCCGGGACCCAGCCUCAUCAGCUUGCAGAUGAGGGUGACCCCGAAGCUGAUGCGCCUGGCCUGGGACGGCUUCCCCCUCCAUUACUCUGAGAAGCAUGGCUGGGGCUACCUGGUGCCUGGGCGGCAGGACAAUUUGCCCGCAGUCCCCUUGGAGGAUGAGGGCCCUCCCUGCCCGCACAGGGUGAUCGAGUACCUGUACAGGCAGCACUGCCUGGAGAGAGGCAAGGAGCAGCCCCCGGGGCCGGAGCCUGCCAUGGAGGAUGAGCUGCUGGUGAUGGACGGCAGCACGAUGUGGCAGAAGGUUGAGGAGCUGAGCCAGCUGGAGGUGGACACGGAGGAGAAAAUGGGCAGAGCAGACCAGAGCGUGGCACAGCAGGAAGAGAUGAUUGAGCUGUGCGAGCUGGUGGAGGCAAGGAGCCAGCCCUCGUACCACUACGGCAACGGUCCCUACAACGAUGUCAACAUCCCUGGGUGCUGGUUCUUCAAGCUGCCUCACAAGGAUGGGAAUGCUAACAACGUGGGAAGCCCUUUUGCCAAGGAUUUCCUGCCCCAGAUGGAGGACGGCACCCUGCGGGCUGCUGUGGGCCGCACCCACGGGACCAGAGCCCUCGAGAUUAACAAAAUGAUCUCGUUUUGGCGGAACGCUCACAAGCGGAUCAGUUCCCAGAUGGUGGUGUGGCUGAAGAAAGGGGAGCUGCCUCGCGUGGUGACCAGGCACCCUGACUAUAAUGAGGAGGAUGAUUACGGAGCCAUCCUGCCGCAGGUGGUGACCGCGGGCACCAUCACCCGCCGGGCGGUGGAGCCCACAUGGCUGACAGCCAGCAACGCCCGGGCUGACCGGGUGGGCAGCGAGCUGAAAGCCAUGGUCCAGGUGCCGCCUGGCUACUCCAUGGUGGGUGCGGAUGUGGAUUCCCAGGAGCUCUGGAUAGCCGCCAUCCUCGGUGAGGCACAGUUUGCCGGCAUGCACGGCUGCACAGCCUUCGGCUGGAUGACUCUGCAGGGAAAGAAGAGCAACGCGACAGACCUGCACAGCAAGACGGCCGCCACGGUGGGCAUCAGCCGGGAGCACGCCAAGGUCUUCAACUAUGGGCGCAUCUACGGGGCCGGGCAGCCCUUCGCUGAGCGGCUGCUGAUGCAGUUCAACCAUCGGCUGACGCAGCAGCAGGCGCGCGAGAAGGCUCAGCAGAUGUAUGCGGUCACCAAGGGUGUCCGGAGGUUUCAUCUCUCUGAGGAGGGGGAGUGGCUGCUGAAGGAGCUGGACCUGGCUGUGGACAGGGCAGAGGAUGGAUCCGUGUCAGCCCAGGAUGUCCAGCAGCUCCAGAGAGAAGCCAUGAAAAGGUCCCGGAGGAAGAAGAAGUGGGAUGUGGUGGAGCACCGAGUGUGGGCUGGAGGCACCGAGUCUGAGAUGUUCAACAAGCUGGAGAGCAUUGCCUUAUCCCCGUCCCCGCAGACCCCGGUGCUGGGCUGUCACAUCAGCAGGGCCCUGGAGCCCGCCGUGGCCAAGGGGGAGUUUCUGACCAGCAGAGUGAACUGGGUGGUGCAGAGCUCAGCCGUUGACUACCUGCACCUCAUGCUGGUCGCCAUGAAGUGGCUCUUCGAGGAGUUCGACAUCAAUGGGCGCUUCUGCAUCAGCAUCCACGAUGAGGUGCGCUACCUGGUCCAGCAGCAGGAUCGCUACCGGGCAGCCCUGGCUCUGCAGAUCACCAACCUCCUCACGCGGUGCAUGUUUGCCUACAAACUGGGCCUCCAGGAUCUGCCACAGUCAGUGGCUUUCUUCAGUGCAGUGGAUGUUGACCAGUGCUUAAGGAAAGAGGUGACCAUGAACUGUGUGACGCCAUCAAAUCCAACCGGCAUGGAGAAGAAAUAUGGCAUCCCUCAAGGAGAAGCACUGGAUAUAUAUCAGCUAAUUGAAAUAACCAAAGGUUCGCUGGAGAAGAAGUGAUGACGCUAGAGUGCCAGAAUGACAAUUGUCCAGAGAGCGUGCCAGAGCCUGGGUGUCCUUUCAGAAGGAGAACUUUUGACAGGGUCUAAUCCCGGUCACUCUGUUUCCUUUUUGCUGUAAGAAGGAAUGUUCCUGGGGAAGAAGAUUUUGAUAGCAGCACAUUCAAAUAGCAGAGGUGCUUCUGAGGACAGCAACCACCUGUAAAACCUGAGACAGGGGCCAGAGUCGCUGCUUGCACACCCAUGGGCACAAAGGAAGAAAUCAUAAGUAUUUGGCGAGAGAAACAACAAACCAUCGUCUCCAUACACGCAGUUCUCCAAGACCAAGGCGAGUCUGCCACAGAACAGGCACUGUGGGAGGAGGCAGCAGCGGCAACCCUAGCUUUAUUUUUUUCGCUGUCUUUUCUUUUUGGGUUCCUGGUUCUCAUCUGUCUGCUCUGUGGUGCUGCUCUGGAGAGGGAGGGAGAGAGUAGCAGUAUAGGGUGUGAUUGUUUUUGUCUGGUUAGUGUGAGGAAUGUUUACCUAAAACAAGAAACCAGAUAUGCAGAACAGGAUUCAGCUCUUUAUCCUGCCUAACAAAAUGACCUGAAUAUGGCGCUCUUCUCACCCACUGAGGCUUUCCCCAUGGACACCCCUCAAUUCAUGCUGGAACUUAGACCACAGGUUAUGAAUGGCACAGGACAGGGACUGUUUGUGCUGGGGUUUGGCUUGUUGAAACACUCAGGAAAAUAUGGACAGAAGCAUCAAUAAAAACCUGGACAAUCAGCAAA